AUGGCGGCUGAACGACAGCCUCUCGAUGCACUGGCAAGCUCGCCGGACGUCGAAGAGCACAUGAGUAUCGGACGUUACAUAUCCACGCGAAUUUCCUCUUUGGUGCCUCCAAUGAACCCGGCGCCCAACCCUUUCAAAGCUUUGACAUUGCUCAACCGGACCCAGUGGCUCAACUUCACGGUCGCAUUUGCAGGCUGGUCGUGGGAUGCUUUCGAUUUUUUUACUGUCUCACUUACCACUUCAGAGCUCGCUAAGUCUUUCGAUAAAUCCGUCACUGACAUCACCUGGGGAAUUACCCUGGUGCUGAUGCUUCGAUCUGUUGGCGCGAUUGGAUUUGGAAUUGCCUCCGAUCGAUGGGGCCGCAAGUGGCCAUUUAUCUUCAACCAGCUGCUCUUCGUUGUCCUCGAACUGGGUGCUGGCUUUUGCCAAACAUACAAACAAUUCCUAGCUUGUCGUGCCUUGUUCGGCAUUGCUAUGGGUGGUUUGUACGGUAAUGCCGCUGCCACAGCGUUGGAAGAUUGCCCACCAGAAGCCCGCGGUAUCAUUUCGGGACUUUUGCAGCAAGGUUAUGCCUUUGGAUAUCUACUUGCGACGGCUUUUGCCCGAGCGCUUGUUGAUACUACCCCACAUGGCUGGCGGCCAUUGUAUUGGUUUGCGGCUUGCCCACCUGUCUUGAUUAUCAUCUUCCGGAUGUUCCUAGGCGAAACCGAGACAUUCCAGCGGCGCCAGGAAGCGCGGAUGGAAGUACGCGGGGGUGUUGCGGCAUCGUUCAUGUCAGAAGGCAAGGUUGCACUGAAGCGGCAUUGGAUGAUGCUCAUAUACCUGGUUCUACUGAUGGCUGGAUUCAAUUUUAUGUCGCACGGAUCUCAGGACCUUUACCCAACCAUGCUGGAGAAGCAGUUCAACUUCUCGAAAGAUGCAGUUACAGUAACACAAGUCGUCGCCAAUCUGGGCGCAUUGUCAGGUGGCAUUCUCUGCGGCUGGGCUAGUCAAAUCUUCGGUCGACGAUUCUCGAUCAUCGUGAUCUCCAUUAUAGGCGGCGCCCUACUCUAUCCCUACACAUUUGUUGAGAACAAGAAUGUCAUCGCCGCUGCCUACUUCGAACAAUUCAUGGUUCAGGGCGCAUGGGGUGUCAUCCCCAUCCAUUUGAUGGAGCUCUCCCCCGGCGCUAUCCGUACCUUCGCCGUCGGCACCGCUUACCAGCUCGGUAACCUCGUCUCCUCGGCCAGUUCGACCAUUGAGUCUACCAUCGGCGAGCGUUUCCCGCUGCCACCUACCGAAGAAGCGAAGGAUCGCUACGAGUACGGCAAGGUAAUCUGCAUCUUCAUGGGCUGCGUCUAUGCCUAUGUCAUCCUGGUUACCAUUGCCGGACCGGAGCGGCUGGGUCGCAACUUCGACGCUGAGCAUGACUCCGACCUUCAGGAGGUCGCUGCUCAGCGUGGUACGACCAAGGAAGGCUUCGGGGAUGAUCCCGAGAAGGCGACGGCUGCGUCGUAA